AUGGCGUCUCAUCUCAAAGGUGUUAAAAAAUCAACCAUGACAGAUGAGAUGCGGAAUGCAUUAUGUGAGCAUGUUAGAGAUAAUCCAUCUUGCACUAAAAAACAACUACAACAAUGGGUGGCUGAAAAAUUCAAUCUACAAGUAAGUCAGGCAACAAUAUCAAACACCAUUAAGAAGUCAACAAAUUAUCUAUCGGCUAAUAUGGAAAGAGGUGAUACAAGAAGACACAAAGCAUGGUCGAUAGAUGUUCAACAAAAGACAAAUGCAAAUUGUUUUCAACACUGUGAACUAAGGCACGUGAAUAAAACUACAAUUUCAGAAGAUGUAGACCAGUUGUCUGAAGAUGUCCAACAUUUAAGUCUUCUCAUUAAAGAAUUGAAUUAUCGUGAUGUAAUGGAUGCUGAAAAAGUUAUUGAUUAUCCUGGUGAAAAUGAAGCCGCUACAGAAUUUUUGAAUGAUGAACAAAUCAUUAGUAGUGUUAUGAAAAAUAAGAAAGAAGAUGAAGCAGAAGAUGACAGUACAGAGUUGGAGCUGGUCUCAUGA